AUACAAACCCUUUCGGGCGACAUUUAAAGUCUGAACAUUUUUCAGAUUUUUUCUUUAUAUUAUUUUACUAUCAAGUUAUUUUUAUAAUGUUUCUGUAAGGAAUAAGGUUUUUAAAUUAGGAAAAUAAAUUAGUUUCUCUACUUAUCCUCAUUUGAUUUCGAAACAUCAUAUUAGUUUCGUGGCCAAUGUAAAAAAACUAAAUUGGACGUGCAACCAAAAAGACAUUUGUUUACUUCAUGGCGGUUAAGCUAGUAAUCUUACGUAACGAUUCAUUUCAUUAAUGUUGAGAGAAGUUCUGUUAUAAAAUAAUUGAAUUUAAAUCGGAUGUAGUUUAAUUUUUAAUUGUUUAGAUUAAAAAAUUAAGCAAAAUUCAUUGGCAAAUGUAAAAUGAAUUGUUUGUUGUCUCAAAUGCCAGUAUGUUUUACAAUUUCACAAAUUCUUCAUGUUCGUCGAUUUAGUUGUACUGUAAAGUAUUUUAAUGAAGCAAUUGAUUGGGAAUAUUAUAGCAGUCCUACAAAUUUUAAUGCUAUUGCUGCUAAUGUAAUGUCAAGAAAAGUAUCAUGUAAUUUGAAAUGUGUUUUAGGACAGUUACAUGAACUACAUAAUCAUAGAAAUGAUGUAGAAAAGUGUCAGAUUUUGAAAGAAAAAAUUGCUCCCGAGUUACUGUGGUUUCCAAAUUUAACACAUCCGAAAGUUUUGGAGAAUAACUCAGAAAAACCAUUUCUGUUACAAAAAGUAGGAAAGAAAACAGCAUUUACAUAUUUCCCAACAAACUUUGAAAGUUUAACGAAGCGUUUAAAUGUUCUUCGAACAAAGCAUUUAGGCCAUAUGAGUGGUAACAAGAGUUAUUUUUUGAAAAAUGAUUUAUCUCUUUUAGAACAAGCAUUGGUGAGAUGUGCUCUCUCUAAACUUGUAAAAAAAAGAUUUCAAAUGGUUUCUGUUCCAGAUGUUGUAUCUCAGACUUCAUUUGAAGGUUGUGGUAUGAGGACAGAUGGCAAGCAUUCACAAGUAUACCAUAUUGAGGAUAGCUGGGCACCUCAUCUGUGUUUAUCUGGAACCUCUGAAAUUGCUUUAGCUUCUCAUUUUUCUCAGAAGACAUUUCAGAAUUCCAAUUUACCUUUGAAGUUUUGUGCAGCAAGUCGGUGUUAUCGAGCUGAAGCUAACAAACAUCAGAAAGAAAAAGGGAUUUUUCGAGUUCAUCAUUUUACUAAAGUUGAAAUGUUUGGAAUCACAGCUAAUGAUUCUGGCCAUGAGAGUGAAGAACUUUUGGAAGAAUUUACAGAGAUUCAAAAAGAAUUAUAUUCAGAACUAGGCAUACAUUUUAAAAUUCUUGAAAUGCCUCCUUGUGAAUUAGGACUUCCUGCUUACCACAAAAUAGACAUGGAAGCUUGGAUACCCACACAAAAACUAUAUGGAGAAAUAUCAAGUGCCUCAAACUGCACAGAUUAUCAGAGUCGCAGAUUAGCUAUCAAAUAUUAUAACCCUCUUUCGAAUGAAACAAAAUUCUGCCAUACAGUCAAUGGUACAGCGUGUGCUAUUCCUAGAUUGCUUAUCACAAUAUUUGAGAACUUUCAGAAUUUAGAUGGCAGCAUAACUGUUCCAGCACCUCUUCAAAAGUACAUGGGAAAAGAUGUUAUAAAAGAGAGAUUCAGUGAAAAGAUACUAUCUACAAAGCCAAUACCAUAAAAAGACUAAGAGUUGAAAUAAGUUACUCUAGUUUUACUUUUUAACAGCAUAAAAUAUUUAAGUAAUAACUUUAAAAAAAGAUGAUUCAUAAAAUAAAAUCUUUUGUUAAAUUAUACCACUGAAGAUUGUUUCAAUAAAAUUUUCUUUAAAGGUAUUCAACAUUUUAAAUU